CUCCUCGUCGCCAUCUCUGGCCCGACAUCAUCGGGAAAGACGACGGUCGCUCGCCACUUACUACGUCUCCUACAUUCUCUGGCUCCAGACGGUCCGCCCGCCACCCAGCCGCUUCUAAUUCAUGAGGAUGAUUUCUAUCGUUCCGAUACGGACAUCCCGGUCAAAGAUGGCGUGCAGGAUUGGGAUUGCUUGGAAGCCAUCGACGUCCCAGUCUUCGAAGCUGCGUUGCUAGAGAUUCGAGGAGGUGGGCGGCUUCCUGAUGGUUUUAAGAGCUUGGAGCUACCGGAAGACAAUGGUUCCACGGCCGACGGAGUCCACGAUGUCCCAGAUAGGGCGCAGAAUGACAGCGGCAUUUCAGAAGCGCUGCUCACCAGGCUUCGUGAGAGACUACGCGAUGUCCUCGAGGUGCCGUCGAACAAUGGACAAGGUACAGCAGUCAAAUUCAGAGUAUGCCUGGUGGAGGGGUUCCUUUUGUUCCAGCCCGCCAUGUUUACCACCCCAGGCGUAUUUGACUUGAAACUGUUGCUCCUGGCCUCGCACGCGGCGGCGAAGCAGCGGCGGGAGGCGCGGUCCGGCUACGUCACUCUGGAAGGCUUCUGGACCGAUCCUCCGGGCUACGUCGACAAGAUCGUGUGGCCGAAUUACGUGGAGAGUCACGCUGCAUAUUUUCAGAAUGGCGAUGUCGAGGGCGCGGUGGACGAGAGAUUUUGCCGGGACGAAGCCGUAAAACCAUAUCCUCCUGGAGGACUACAACAUGCAGAAGGAGGAACUAUUGCGAGGAUGCUGGAGUGGGCGGUG